AAUUUUUUUCAAUUAACUUAAAAUGCAAUCAAUUUUAUUAUUAACGUUGCUAUCAAUAGCCGCAGCCGUGGUCACAGUUACCGCCUCAGCCGAUGUUCUUGACUAUAGUGACGACGAUUACCGAGCGGUGGCCAAAUCGCGUAACUUUACCGGUAAGGUUGUACUGGUGACCGGUUCGAGUUCGGGCAUUGGCGAAGGUAUUGUCAAACUAUUUUCGGUUUUGGGCGCCCGUGUAGUGGUCACCGGUCGUAAAGAGGCCGACGUUCAUCGUGUGGCUCAAGACUGUCAACGAUUGUCACCUAAUAAGCUUAAGCCGUUGGAAGUGGUCGCCGAUCUGACCAAAAGUACCGAUUUGGCCACUUUGUUGGAUCAAACAAUCAAAACGUUUGGCAAACUGGACGUAUUGGUCAACAAUGCGGGCAUAUAUCCAGCGACCACUAUUGGUCAGACAAAUCUACUACAAGUAUGGGAUCAGAUAUUCAAUAUUGAUUUGAGAACCGUUGUUGAGCUUAUCCAUCUAUCGGUUCCCUAUCUGGAAAAAACUAACGGUACUGUAAUUGACAUAUCCAGUAUCGCAGCUACAGCACCGAUGAUUGGCUCUCUGGCCUACAAUUCAGCCAAAGCCGGCUUAGAUAUGUUGGCCCGAGUGUUGGCACUGGAGUUGGGACCCAAAGGCAUACGUGUGAAUUCAUUAAAUCCCGGUCUCACAAAAGUUAGCGACUUUCCCGAUGAUAUCAUUGCAAAAUAUUCAAAGGCGACACCAUUGAGACGUAUAGGCGAACCGUUAGAUAUUGCCAAAGGUGUGGCAUUUCUGGCCUCAACUGAUGCCUCAUUUAUUACCGGCGCUAAUCUGGUAAUUGACGGAGGAUUGGUCUACAAUAUCGGUGGAUUUAACACACAAUAA